AUGGGAAACAGCAAGAGUGGAGCUUUGUCAAAGGAACUGCUGGAGGAUUUGAAGCUGAACACUAAGUACUCAGAGGCAGAGCUCAGUACUUGGUAUAACAGCUUUCUCAAAGAGUGUCCAAGUGGCCGCAUCAGUAAGGAACAGUUUGAGGGCAUCUAUGCCAGCUUCUUCCCAGAUGCUGAUCCCACGGCCUACGCGCGACACGUUUUCCGUAGCUUUGACACCAAUGCGGAUGGUACGCUGGAUUUUAAGGAGUACAUAAUUGCGCUGCAUCUCACCUCCUCAGGAAAAACCCUCCGCAAGCUGGAGUGGGCCUUUUCUCUGUAUGACGUGGAUGGAAAUGGCACUAUCAGCAAAAAUGAGGUUGAAGAAAUUGUUAGGGCAAUAUUCAACAUGAUACCCACCGAGGAUCAGAAAAAUCUGCCUGAAGAUGAAAACACACCAGAAAAACGAGCAGAUAAGAUCUGGAACUUUUUCAAAAAGGAAGAAAACGAUAAGAUUGCAGAAGGCGAAUUCGUUCAGGGGGUGAUGGACAACAAGGACAUCCUGAGGUUGAUACAGUAUGACGAGCCUCAGAAAAUUAAAGACAAACUGAAGGAGAAGAAACAGUAG